GGGAGGACCCCGCCGCGGCCCCGGAAGCGUCUAGUGCCCGGCGGCGGUGGCGGCGGUUGCCGUGAUGCCUGCGGGGCUGGGAGGCUGACCGCCGGCGUAGGAGCGGGCCCAGUGCCCCAAAUCUCGGUGGCCGGUGCUGGAGUGCGGCCUGCACCAUGGCCACCUCCGCCGCCUCCUCAGAGCAUUUCGAGAAACUUCACGAGAUCUUCCGCGGCCUCCAUGAAGACCUGCGAGGGGUGCCGGAAAGGCUCCUGGGGAUGGCAGGGACAGAAGAGAAGAAGAAGCUGAUCAGAGAUUUUGAUGAAAAGCAACAGGAAGCAAAUGAAACGCUGGCAGAGAUGGAAGAAGAACUACGUUAUGCACCUCUAUCUUUCCGUAACCCUAUGAUGUCUAAGCUUCGAACCUACCGGAAGGACCUUGCCAAACUCCAUCGAGAAGUGAGAAGCACACCUUUGACAGCCACACCUGGGGGCCGAGGAGACAUGAAAUAUGGCUUAUAUGCUGUAGAGAAUGAGCAUAUGAACCGGCUACAGUCUCAAAGGUCAUUGCUUCUGCAAGGCACUGACAGCCUGAACCGGGCCACCCAGAGUAUUGAGCGUUCUCACCGGAUUGCCACAGAGACUGACCAGAUCGGUUCAGAAAUCAUAGAAGAGCUGGGGGAGCAACGUGACCAGUUGGAACGUACGAAGAGUAGACUGGUAAACACAAGUGAAAACUUGAGCAAAAGUCGAAAGAUUCUCCGUUCAAUGUCCAGAAAAGUGACAACCAACAAGCUGCUACUUUCCAUUGUCAUCUUACUGGAGCUGGCCAUCCUGGGGGGCCUGGUUUAUUACAAAUUCUUUCACAAGCAUUAAACGUCUAGAAGGAAGGGUUUGUGGACCAGAACGUGGACCCUGUGAAUGAAUGGUGUUAGAGAUGGGGAAUAAGCAUAGCGCUGCUGUGAGGUAAUGUUUCGAAGAUGCACUGUGUAACCAGACUGUGGGAGGAGGGAGGGAAGACAGAACCACAUAACUGUGAAGGAAAAGCAACGAGACCAGUAUGAUAUACCAACGUAAUAAAUGCUGUUUAUGACUUCUUUAAAUUUA